AUGACAUCAAACAACGAUAAUCCCAAUAAGAUCCUUCUCCUCCAUCCACCCCUUCUCAACCCUUCAUCCUUCUUGACCCGUCUGACAGGUGUCAAAGGACACAACGAGCCGGGAGAUCAUAUACGAUGGACAAUUGAUAAUAAAUACUAUACUGCCGAUGUGGACAUACAUUGUGCACCCCUGAGUAAAACCGUUGAUGAUGGUCUGAUCAGCAAUUCGAGAGACAUCGAUGUGAUAAUGUAUCUUUUUGAGGAUAUACCUGCAUCAUUACCUCCGACGUUGAUCAAGCUAUUAUCAACACCUCGAGAUAUAGCUUUGGCUAUACGACCACUUCCCUCCCAAUUGUCAGAGCAGUUUGAAGAUGAGAAGGAAGAUAAUUCAGUCUUGGAGGAAAAUGAGGGAUCCAUCAAUGAUGUGGUGGACAUGCUGGAAGAAAUAGGAAUGGAAUUUGUUGACGAGGUUAAUCCCUUGACUGAGGAAGAUGACGAAAGGCCCAUGCCACCCCUGGAGAUAAUCAGACAAACAUUAAUGACCCACCUCUGGCCAUCAAUGAAUCGUAAACCACUAAACAUAGCCAAUACAUCUGAAUUACCGAAACCAUCAGAAAUCUCAGGCCUUCCACCACCUCCUGUUUCUUCAUCGACUUUACCGAUACCUCAUAUAUUCCCAGAGACAUUUCAACCCUCUUCGUCCUCUCAAAUCCCACCAAUCGGACCAUCAGGUUCAUCAUUCCCUGAUUUGGAAGACAUCAAGAGGGAAAUCGCCAAAGCAGACUUUGGGUUCGAUUUUGAUGAUAUUGAUAAGCUGGAUAGGUUGAAUGAUGAUUUCGAUUUUGAUGACGAGGACGAGGACGAAGAUUUUGGUCCGGCGGAAGAGGAAUAUGCGAGAUUGGACGAUUGGUUAGACUCUGAUGAUGAAGAUAUAAACAAUAUAAAAUCAAAGGGAGAUGAUGUCAAAUUAGAUGGGAAAGAGACAACACCAUCAAAACAAGAUGACCUGGCAUCAGUAUUGGAAUCGAUAUCGAAGCAAGAUCAACAGAUCCUUCAUCCUCACCCUGAGCCUCGACCUCGUCGUGAGGGAGAUUGGUUAGAUACGGAUGAUAAGAAAUUCGAUCCGAUAUCCUCCGACUUACCAUCAAGAUCAACCAGUACCUCGUUACCUCAACGACAUGCGCAGGAAGGAGACGCAGAGGGGUUUGAAGAUGAUUUCGAUGUUGAUGAAUUUACAGAAUAUCAAACUGCCCCUUCAACCCAUCAACGGCAAGCGAAUUUCGAAAAUACGGAUAUGACAUUGGCUAUGGACCCGACGCCUUUGUUGUUGCAUUUACAAAGUGUACGUGCCGAACUCGCCGCAUUGGAGGAUCCGGAUGAAAGAAGGUUCAGAGCAGGGAAGGAAGUACAGCAGAUAUUGGCUAGUCUGGGUAUGGGAGAGAUGGCGGGUGAUGAUUUGGGAUUGGAUGAGAUAUGA